GAGUGUUGUUUGUUUGCCAAAUGUCAAAAUCAGUCAGUUUUCGUUUUCGCGCACACACGACAACUGCUCCGUUUCUUGCAGCAUCGGUUCCGAACGUUCCGAAACACCUCCGCAGGUGUUGAACCUGUUGCAGCAGCUGGACUUUAUCUCGGGUGGACGUCCAACUCCAACUCAAGGAAGGGCAGCAGCAGCACUAAGCAAUACUCCGGCGACAGGAAAAACGGCCCCGAUCGGCCACCACCUGCAGCGUCACCGGAAAUGCCAGAAAUUCACUCACGGAAGGCAACCAAGGACGAGGAGGAAAGCGUCAUUUUCAUAAAACAUACAGUUGAUGCCGACCGGGUGUGUGAUUACGCGGCAGUCAAGUCUCCGCUGCAGAUCACUGCCUGUUCCGGACGGUCUUCUGUUGUGGUAGGAUGAUGUGAUGAAUUCGACUACGAGGUUGCGCGUGCUGGAUAGUUUUCAGAAGAUUCCGUGGCGAAUUGUGCUACAUUAUAAGGGCCGAAAGCAAGACGUACCGGUGCGUGGAAUCGACACCUACAGCUAGACCGGAAGUGUCAGCGACUCACACAAACAGGGUGGUCCUCAAGGAUGGCAAGAUGGAUGAGGAGCAGUGCCUGCCCAAGAAACAGGGACGUUGUUUACGUAGGUUACGUUCUGUUGGUACCGUUCGAGAUUGUGCUCCCGCCGUUGGAACCGGAGGUAGCUGGGACAAGUUGUCGACUGUCGGCUGCUGCGGAAAGACUACCUAAAAGUGAACAAGGUGACAACGACGUCGCGCGUGCCGGAUUGUUUCCAGCAGAUUCCGCGUCGAACAGUGUUGAACACCGGAAGACAGGAGCAGGCCAGCGUGUUUCCUAUGGGUUCACCGUCGAACAUGUCGCAGAUUUGCGACGGAGAGUGCUCGGACAGACUUCUGCUGUUGCACGAUGGCGAUCUACCCGAUGUUCAAGAACUGGCUGGACACGAAUUGUGAUCCGCGCAGGCUGGAUCUGCCCUCGAUUAAGUACAUUUAUAUGGCAUCGCGGCAAUCGGUGUCUCGGAACCCUCGGAACACAUCGAUGGAAACCGGAACACCAUUCAUGCCAAAGUGGUUUCGGAGAAACUUGGCUGGAAAAUCGUCUGGAAGUUAUGAAACAACAGGAGUAAACGACAAAGACAGCAUGAAUGACCAAAACGAGCAUCGGAAAUUCUACAACAAAACAUUCAUCUUGGACUAGAACGAACUUUUUUGCGAAGAUCUGCAAAUCAUACAACUCCUGUGCGAAAGUCCCGUUCUUGAAAACGAAAGACGCCCAAGGACAAACACCGCUAAUGUUGGCCGUCACGUGUCGAUCCUACAAGGCCGUCCUCGAGUUCAAAACGAUCAUCAAAAUCACUAACGGUAAUGCGGCUACUCGUGACUCAAUCAUCUUCUUGGCCGGAAGUGCCCCUGAUCAAUCACGACAAGGAAUUCUUCGCUGCAACGACACCUGUUCAUUCACCUGGAUCGUGUGGCCUGAUCAGCUCGCUGUGUUGCUGUAUCGCGUACUGCGUACUGUGACUGCUGGGAAAAGUUCGCCGAUAACCAGACCAAACUGUUCGAGUUUCUAUAAAAAUGGCCAUCGACAUGGUUUUCUUGACCAAGUUAGUUUCGCGCGAAAGUCAAAUUGAGGAUCAAGUCCAGCAACACGUAUAGAACUUAACGACUAUGUAACAAAAUAUUAGUAUUAUUCUGGUUAAAUAAUGCAAUAAAAUACUUUUUCGCAGAA